CUCCUCUCUUUUCUGUCUGCAGUCUGUGAGGAUUGUGAAGAUUUCUUCAUUGAGGAGUGCUGGAUCCACGGCCCCCCCAUCUUCAUCCCUGACACCCCGGCACCAGUGGGGGUCCCAGACCGAGCCAGACUCACCCUGCCCCCUGGACUGCAGGUCAGCAAGUCCCACAUCCCCAACGCAGGACUGGGGGUCUUCAACCGGGGCCAGGAGAUAGCCAGAGGAACUCACUUUGGACCCUACGAGGGACAAGUCAUGGACAAGGACCAGGCCAUCGAGAGCGGAUACUCAUGGAUGAUCUACAAGAGUCGGCACACAGAUGAGUAUGUAGAUGCCAGAAGGGAAACCCAUUCCAAUUGGAUGAGGUAUGUGAACUGCGCUCGUAACGGUGAGGAGCAGAAUCUGGUGGCGUUUCAGUACAGAGGAGGGAUUGUGUAUCGCUGCUGUCGGCCUGUUGUCCCUGGAGAAGAACUGCUGGUCUGGUAUGGAGACGACUACGCCAAAGAACUGGGCAUCACAUUCGACUACCUCUGGGACGUCAAGAGCAGCACUAAAGAGGUGUCUGCGUCUCAGGUGUUCUCCUGUUCUCUGUGUCCGUUCUCCUACACGGCUGAAAUCUACCUUCACAAACACAUCAAGAGAAUUCACACAGACGAGUAUGUGCGUCUGCUGAGGUCUGGAGAGAUCAGAUCAGAGACUUUCAUACCGUCUGGAGGCAGAAACCAACACGCACACCAAACCACAACUGGGGCGUCCAGACCAGUCACACAGCCGUCUGCAGAACAGCAAGGAGCACAUGACCAGAGACGACAGCAGAACACUCACACAGGAGAGAAGAAACACCACUGCACUCAGUGUGGCAAGAGUUUCACUACAGGGAGAGAUUUAAUACAACACCAGCGCACUCACACAGGAGAGAGGCCGUAUCACUGCACUCAGUGUGGCAAGAGUUUCACUCUAGAGCAGAAUUUAAUACGACACCAGCGCACUCACACAGGAGAGAGGCCGUAUCACUGCACUCAGUGUGGCAAGAGUUUCACUACAGAGCAGAAUUUAAAAGUACACCAGCGCACUCACACAGGAGAGAGGCCGUAUCACUGCACUCAGUGUGGCAAGAGUUUCACUAGAGAGGGAUCUUUAAAACUACACCAGCGCACUCACACAGGAGAGAGGCCGUAUCACUGCACUCAGUGUGGCAAGAGUUUCAUUAGAGAGGACUAUUUAAAAGUACACCAGCGCACUCACACAGGAGAGAGGCCGUAUCACUGCACUCAGUGUGGCAAGAGUUUCACUCAAGAGGCACAUUUAAAAGUACACCAGCGCACUCACACAGGAGAGAGGCCGCAUCACUGCACUCAGUGUGGCAAGAGUUUUGUUAAUACUAGUAAUUUAAUAAGACACCAGCGCACUCACACAGGAGAGAGGCCGCAUCACUGCACUCAGUGUGGGUCGACAUUCACUCAGUCUCGUAGUUUAAAGACACACAAGUGCUCUCACAGUAAAGAGCCCUAAUCACUCUCCUGCUGAAUCAAGACUGAUUUGAUCCACCAGAGCAGAAAUGACAUUUUUUAACUGAACAUUUUUAACGGACUUUGAUGAUGACUUUUGUUGAGUAUUUUAAUUGCUGAAUUGUUUCUUAAUAUUGUGAUAUCAUGUACACGCAUGGGUAAGUGUAAGAGUUGUUGUGAAGAAUGUGUCAUAGCUGUUACUCUGUGAUGUAGAAAUAUUUUAUUGAAAACCACAAUAGUCACUAUUUCAAACAGCAAAUGUAAAGUAUAGAGUAAAGACAGGGACCACUGACUUU